UUAGAGAGCAAGUAGGGAUUUCUUUUUUUUUUUUCCUUUCUUUCCAUAAGUCCAGAAGGCCACAUUAUCACCAGCUUUCAAACCCAAGAUGACUAGAACCAUAGACUGCAUGCCAGAAGACUACACGGUGUAAACCCUCCAUGAAUAAAAAGUACUCAAGUCUCAAGUCUCAAGACACAAGACCCAAGGCUCAAGACUCAAGACUCAAAAAACAACCACGGGAAACUCAGGAAAGGGGAGCUUCAACGUACGAAGAGUGCACCAAAGUACCUAGGACGAAGCUUUUCGAAAACACUACGGACAGUGCGCGCAGCAAGGACAUUGAAACCUUGAAACCUUGAAACAUUGAAACAUUGGGACAUUGGAAUGUUGGAACAUUGAA